GCUCUAAACUCUUCCAAAUUCUUAAACAAUCACGCAAAUUUCUUGUAAAUCAUUCCUCAAAAUUCGGAAUUUUAAUUAUUUAUAAUUUUGGGUUUUUCGGCAAAUCGAAAAUGACACUGUUUAAUCGAGGCCGUAGAUUUUUCAAGUUCAGAAUUCCAAAUUUUCAAAGUGUCAAAAAUUUCUGCAGAAAUUAGUAUAAACCCACAAAACCCUUUUGAUUUCUGACGAUAAAUUCGCGUUAAUUUUUCGCAUUUUAUGUAUUGGGUUCUUUGAACUUGAGUCAUAAAAUUAGUACUAAGAGAUACAAUUACUCACCUUCAUUAGUGGAAAAAAUGGCUAAAAUAUUGCUAAGAAUCAAAUAUUCGACGCUUUUCUGGUUUUGGUUGGGCGUUUUCUUCUUUGAAUUUCACGAAAGAAAAACCCGGAUUUUCUAGUGUUUGCUCAACUUGUUUUUCUGUUUUUGUUUUACCCUGAAAAGCUAAUUAAGAUACAUAAAUACAAAGCUAUACAAAAUAGUUGAUUGUGUGAAAUGAUGCACAAUAUGAGGGUUAGGACUCAAAUUGGAGGAGCAAAUUCUCAGAUGAAAUAUGUUGAAGUUGAUCCAUCUGGUCGUUACGGACGUUUUAGAGAAAUUCUUGGCAAAGGAGCCAUGAAGACUGUCUACAAAGCAUUUGAUGAGGUGCUUGGAAUGGAGGUAGCGUGGGGCCAAGUGAUGUUGAAUGAUGUUUUCCGUUCUCCGAGUGAAUUACAAAGACUCUACUCUGAAGUUCAUCUGCUGAAGAACCUUAAUCAUGAGUCCAUCAUACAGUUUUACAAUUCAUGGAUAGACGUUGAUCGGAGAACUUUCAAUUUUAUUACUGAAAUGUUCACCUCCGGCACUUUAAGAGAAUGUAGGCAGAAGUAUCAGCAAGUCGAUAUACGAGCUGUCAAGAACUGGGCCCGUCAAAUCCUUCGUGGCCUUGUCUAUCUGCACAGUCAUGAUCCUCCAGUGAUACACAGGGACCUCAAGUGUGACAACAUUUUUGUUAAUGGCCAUCUUGGGCUGGUGAAGAUUGGUGAUCUGGGGUUAGCAGCUAUUCUUCGUGGUUCACAACAUGCCCACAGUGUUAUAGGGACUCCAGAAUUCAUGGCACCAGAACUAUAUGAGGAAAAAUAUAACGAGCUUGUGGAUGUAUAUUCCUUUGGUAUGUGUGUCUUAGAGAUGCUUACUUCUGAAUAUCCUUACAGCGAAUGCUUAAACCCAACUCAAAUCUAUAAGAAGGUGACAUCGGGAAAGAAGCCUGAAGCUUUUUACCGUAUCCAAAAUAUGGAAGGCCAGCAGUUCGUUGGAAAAUGCUUGGAAACAGUUUCGAAGAGGUUACCAGCCCAUGAGCUGCUGCUGGAUCCAUUUCUGGCUACAGAUGCAGAUCUUAUGCCAGUGCCGGAACGUCCUCUUCAAAUAUACUCCCCAAAGGGUGUUUUUGUCAAUAUGCCUUUUCUGCUUGACAAAUCAAUGAGUAGAACUGACAUGGCAAUCACUGGAACAGUGAACCUUGAAGAUAAUACCCUCUCUCUCAAGGUGCAGAUCUCUGACAUAGAUGGUUCUGUCAGGUAUAUUCACUUUCCAUUUGACAUGAUUAACGACACGACAAUGGAAGUUGCUAUUGAGAUGGUGAGGGAGCUUGAUAUAACAGACUGGGAGCCACAUGAAAUUGCUGAUAUGAUUGAGGAUGAGAUAUCGUCUUUAAUUCCAGGAUGGAAGGAUUUACAUUCACCUACAAGCCAGCAACAACAUAGUUUUGACUUUAACGAAGAUGAUUACGGAAAUGGCCAUCCCUUCCUUUCUUCAUCUCCGCCUUCCCAUGGGUCUCCUUGCAGUUCCUCCAACUCACGCAGGGUACUAUGCUCUGAUGACAUGCCCUUGAGCGAAAACAAUGAUUGGCUUCAAGGUACAUAUAUUAUAUGUAUAAACAGUUAUUAUUCUGAUUACGAGUACCUGAAUAGUGAAGAAGCAAUCUCGAAUAUGAAAACGGAGGAAUGUUCUAGGUUCUGUCCUCAGGAGAAGACGAUAUUCAAGAGUGACGAAAAAUGCAAUGGGUUUUCCGGUACUCUAAGGAGUAUGAAUGGCCAAAACAAGUUUAGCAAGAUACGUUCGUUCAUGGACAUCCGUAGUCAGUUGCUAAAUAGAGUGUUGAUGCAAUCCCUGAACAAGCGACGUACAUCCAACACUGUCGGUGCUGUGGAAAAUAUCGGCUUCCAUGAUCCUUGUUAACCUUUUUUCUAAGAGGUUUUGUUUGUUGAACCCAAAUUGUGUAAAAAUGUGUUGCAGACAAUGUAUGGGAUCUAAUGAUGAUAACAGCACCGAGGGUUUGUUCA